AACUCUCUUAUCAUAACCUACACCCAUGCCGGAUUUUUUGUGAGGAUUCGAGUCGGCCGCAUUGGUCCUGACCUUACUGAUCUUGCUAUUCGUUGAUGAAAAAUAGACGUCAUGUCAUCCCGGAAAGUUCUCACUCUUACCCUUGUAAGAAACUCAGUGGGAGAUAUUCUGUUGGGACUGAAGAAGCGAGGAUUUGGUGAGGGCAAGUGGAAUGGAUUUGGUGGAAAAGUUGAGCCAGGUGAAUCUAUUCUUCAAGGAGCUGCACGUGAAUUAACAGAGGAAUGUGGUCUGAAGGCACAUUCUUUGACUAAAGUUGGCCUCCUUGAUUUCGACUUUAUUGAUGACCCUAUGAGGCUAGAGGUUCAUGUGUUCUGCACCUCAGACUACUCUGGAACUGUUAUUGAAACAGAAGAAAUGAAACCGAAGUGGUACAAGGUUGAAGACAUUCCUUUCCACGAAAUGUGGCUCGACGAUCCUAUUUGGUUCUCAUGGUACCUGAAGGGCGGACCCCAAUUUAAAGGAUACUUUUUGUACAAAGGACUCGAUAAAAUUGUCGAGCAAGAAGUGAAGUCAACGGAUGUCCCUCGAGAGACUACAUCUUGUACUUGAUACCCUGUCGUGUUUUGAGGUCCUAAAUAAAUUUGCUGCAAUCCUUGCUGCCAAAGUUGA